AUGUCCAGCGACGGCAGCAUCCUCAAGGCGGACAAGGACUUUACCAAGGAGGUCGAUGCCGCGCUGCCAGAAGCUGAGAAGACCGCGCAAGUAUGUCAUCUGUAGACUUGAUAGCCUUGAGCUCGCUGCUGAUGAUGUGACAGAAUGGACAAACACAGCAAGCCAUUGACAAGCUGCUCAGCUUAGAGAAACAAACCCGCCAAGCAUCAGACCUGCCUUCGACCUCGCGAAUCCUCGUCUCCAUCGUCACGAUAUCGAAAAACUCGGGAGACUGGAGCUUGCUGAAUGAGCAAGUACAGUCGCUCAGCAAGAAGCAUGGACAACUCAAGCAGGCCAUCACCAAGAUGGUGCAGGUGGUGAUGGGCUUCUUGGAUGAUACGCCGAACAUGGAGACGAAGCUUAGUGUAAUUGAGACGCUGCGGACGGUGACUGAGGGAAAGGUACGUUGAGGCAGCUGCCGAUUUGGUACGGAGCGUACGCUAAUGCGGACACAAUUACAGAUCUUCGUCGAAGUCGAGAGAGCUCGCGUUACUCGGAUACUGUCGAACAUCAAGCGAUUACAGGGAGAUAUCACUGCUGCGAAGGACAUUCUGUGCGAGCUGCAAGUGGAGACUUUCGGCUCGAUGGCUCGGCGAGAGAAGACGGAGUUCAUCCUUGAUCAAGUAUCUCUGUGUAUUGAGGACGGAGACUUCACACAGGCCGGGAUUCUCGCGCGUAAGAUUAGCACUCGCUAUUUCAACCGGAAGCCGAAGAAGAGUGCGGAGCAGAUUGAGAAGGAGAAGAAGGAAAAGGAAGAGAAGGAGCGAAUGCGAGCAGAUGGCACAGUUGGCGAGGAAGACACCGAAGAAGACGACGUCACGGAUCUGAAGCUACGAUACUACGAGCAGCAGAUCACGCUCGCGAAGCACGACGACAAGUAUCUGGAGGCCUGCAAGCACUACCGGCAAGUUCUGGAUACGGAGGCUGUGGAAAAUGAUCCAAUCAAGCUGAGCGCGGCGCUGCAGCGCGUCGUCUUCUUCAUUCUCCUCGCUCCAUACGACAACGAGCAAUCAGAUCUGCUUCACCGGAUCGCACAAGACAAUCGCAUCAGCUCCUCGUGUCCCACAGAGGGCGAGCUAUUGAAGCGUUUCACCGUGCCGGAGUUGAUGCGAUGGCCUGCUAUUGAAUCCAAUUUCGGCUCGCAGCUCACCAGCACCGACAUCUUCGACAAGACGGAGAACAAGAGCGAUCCCAAGGCACACCGACGUUGGCUCGAUUUCCGGAAGCGGGUCAUCGAACACAAUGUGCGCGUGAUCGCCAAGUACUAUACCCGCAUUCACUUUUCGAGACUCACAUCGUUGCUCGACCUGCCAGCAGGGGAGACGGAGAAGUACAUUUCCGAUCUCGUCACCAGCAAGACAAUCUAUGCUCGUAUCGAUCGGCCGGCGCAGGUUGUCAGCUUCGAGAAGAAGCGAGAUGCGGAUGAGGUGCUGAAUGAGUGGAGUGGGAAUAUGAAGAGCUUGUUGGGCUUGCUAGAGAGGAUUGAUCACCUGAUCACGAAGGAGGAGAUGAUGGCUCGCAUCCAGCCAAGCGAGACGAAGUCUUCGAAGGCUACCGCGAAGGCGUGA